UGCGCCUCCAGCUCCCCGCGCCGUAGCCGCCCCAGCGUCAGCGCCGUCCCCCCAACGCCGGCCCCCGAGCUCGGCGCGAAGCCCUGGCCCCGGCGGCCGGGGCAUGGGCCAGGGGUGCGGGGCGAGCCGGCUUCCCGCGGGGCCGUGAGCUGCAGCGGCUUCAGCAUGAAGACCCUCAUAGCCGCCUACUCCGGGGUCCUGCGAGGCACUGGCUCCAGCAUCCUCUCCGCCCUCCAGGACCUCUUCUCCAUCACUUGGCUCAAUAGAUCCAAGGUGGAAAAGCAGCUGCAGGUCAUCUCGGUGCUACAAUGGGUCCUGUCCUUCCUUGUGCUUGGAGUGGCCUGCAGCGCCAUCCUCAUGUACACAUUCUGCACCGACUGUUGGCUCAUCGCCGUGCUCUACUUCACCUGGCUGGUGUUUGACUGGAACACGCCCAAAAAAGGUGGCAGGAGGUCGCAGUGGGUCCGAAACUGGGCUGUGUGGCGCUACUUUCGAGACUACUUUCCCAUCCAGCUGGUGAAGACACACAACCUGCUGACCACCAGGAACUACAUCCUUGGGUACCACCCACAUGGCAUCAUGGGCCUGGGUGCAUUCUGCAACUUCAGCACAGAGGCCACAGAAGUGAGCAAGAAGUUCCCCGGCAUAAGGCCCUACCUGGCCACGCUGGCCGGCAACUUCCGGAUGCCAGUGCUAAGGGAGUACCUGAUGUCUGGAGGCAUCUGCCCUGUGAACAGGGACACCAUAGACUACUUGCUUUCAAAGAAUGGGAGUGGCAAUGCCAUCAUCAUCGUAGUGGGGGGCGCAGCCGAGUCCCUGAGCUCCAUGCCUGGCAAGAACGCGGUCACCCUGCGCAAUCGCAAGGGCUUUGUAAAACUGGCCCUACGCCACGGAGCGGACCUGGUUCCCACCUACUCCUUCGGGGAGAAUGAAGUAUACAAGCAGGUGAUCUUUGAAGAGGGCUCCUGGGGCCGAUGGGUCCAGAAGAAGUUCCAGAAGUACAUUGGCUUUGCCCCGUGCAUCUUCCAUGGCCGAGGCCUCUUCUCCUCUGACACGUGGGGGCUGGUGCCCUACUCUAAGCCCAUCACCACCGUCGUGGGUGAGCCCAUCACCAUCCCCAAGCUGGAGCACCCAACCCAGCAGGACAUAGACCUGUACCACACCAUGUACAUGGAGGCCCUGGUGAAGCUCUUCGACAAGCACAAGACCAAGUUCGGCCUCCCGGAGACCGAGGUUCUGGAAGUGAACUGAGCCCACCAUUGGGGGCCAGCUCCUGGGAGGAAUCAGCUACAAAUCGUUUUCUACCAAGUUCUCGAAUGCUUUUUUGUUCUGUAAAUUUGGAAGCGUCAUGGGUGUCUGUGGGUUAUUUAAAAGAAAUUAUAAUAAUUUUGUUAAACCAUUACAAAUGUUAGGUCUUUUUUAAGAAGGAAAAAACGAAUAUUGCAAACUCUUUCACUUCCAAUUUGUCCUGCUCUAGGUGAUGGCUAACAUAUCUGGGCCUUCACGGUUUCUCAACCAACCCUUCUUCCUUUCCCAAAAUUACAGAGAAAACUCAGUCCUGGUUAACUGGGAAAGAAGGACAGCCAUUCGUGGCUCAGGCCGGUUAGAUUAUUUGCUUUUUCCCACUGCGGGAUGAGGGGCAAAAGCCACUUGUAAUACAAACACCUCUAUUCCAAACUACCUACCCUGCACUUAACUGCAGGACUGGUCCCUCUUACCAAGGGG